CUGCAAUAGGCCUCUGACUGCGGCACGCGCCCUCAAUGUGCCCACUGCCCGGCGUUCCGCGCCCAAAAUUGCCUUGAACACACAUCCAUCAUGUCACGGCCCCAAAAGGCAUCGAAAGCCUCCGCAUGGCACGCGCUCAACGUCGAGUCCGAUCACGAGGACGAGGACGAGGUCGACGACACCCAAGAAAUCCAAAUCGAGGAGGCCCUCAAGCUUUACCAGACAGCUCUCAAGUACCACUCUGAGGGCCCACAGUCGUUCCUGAAGACCGCCGCAGCCUAUAAAGAGCUAUUUGAUUCCGAAAUCUUCAAGUACAAUGAAUCGCUUUCAGAGUACAAGCGACAUGAGGUCUUCGGCGAGAGCUUGGUGUUCGAUUCCAUCUUAGAGGACGACUUCGAAGCAGGACCCACCCAAACGACAGGCGCUGCCGACAGCGCACCGAACACGCUCCCCCAGAUACUACAUCUAUCAUACAAGAACCAUGGCCAGUUCUUGCUGGAGUCGAUGCAGCACUGGGUCACCCAGCAUGGCGCCAUACCGCAGGCCGAUGGGUGGAACAACAUCAGGGGCGCACUCAACUACUUCGCUGAAGCGCUGGACAAAGAGGACACCGAUCUUGACUUGUGGCUACGCGCAGCCUCCGUCGCAGCUAUGCUCGGCAGCAGCCGCCUUGCCCGCUACUGCCUGGAGGCGGUAAUGGAUGGCAACGACGAGUUGUGGGAGAGCUCGUUGCGUCUUCCGGGCCUUGAAGAGGGUCUGGCUGGCCAACAGUUGCGCGAGCUGGUUGGCAGGCUGGAGGACAACGUCUCCAUGAUGCAGCCACCUUUGUCCACAAUGAAGCGGAAGAAGCUCUCCGAGAGCCUCAAGAAGCGCUUGAAUCCUUGUCCAUUCGCACCACUGCCUGCCGAUGUUGCCGAGAUCAACAGUGGGCGGGCGAUUGAACAAGCGCCUAACCACAUCGCACUUGCGCCAGCAAAAUGGGACUGGUCGAGUGUUGGAGAAGCUAUACUUCAGCACUUUAUAGCCGAGCAGCGAGGGAUCACAGGCAUCACCACCCCAGGCUCCAACGUACAACUAGUCAUACCGGCUGAAUGCAAGACACCAGAACACAUCGACCCAGAACCUGCACCAGAACCUGCACCAGCACCUGCUUUAGAAGAACCCAUGAAUGACCAGCCAUCACCGCCUCAAGUCGUGGAACCGCCCUCGCCCGCCGCUGAAGUUAAGUCGACCACAAAGGAAGAGGACAACGUUGAACCCGCUCAAGAGGAUAAUGAUCAGGGGGCAGAGGCCUCUACAAUCACAGAAGUGGCGCCGGCUCCUUCGCGCAAACGUUCAACGGAUUCUGCAGGCCUUCCAGAGACAACAGAAGGCGGUCGUGCGAAACGUAUCCGUACUCGCAACACAGCAACCGGUCAAGUCGGUGAGACAGUCGUACAGGACGCCAGUAGCGUGCUCGAGGGUCAGUUGGAACAUUACGCUCAUGCAGAUCAAUGCUUGUUUGAGAUUGUCAACGACAUCUAUAAUCGAUUGGGUGUCGAGGGCUUGGGACAGCCCAAUGAGCUACGAUCGCUCUUGCUUGCCCUUCCUGAGUCGACGGCGACUGAGAUUGACGAUAAAGCGGCGUGCGAUAUGUAUUUGGCUCUUCAAAAUGGGAACAGCAAAGCUGCGCAAGUUCUACUAAGCAGCGAGUCAUUCGACCUGGUGGGAGUUACGCGGGAAGCUGGCCUCAAUGCGUUUCUCGGCUACGCAAAGUCAGGUGCCGGUCAGUCUUCUCCCAAACCUGUCCUGCAAGAUCAAGGGUUAAGAGCAUUCGCGCGAAGCAUCAACGAGAGCUGGCUUUCCAUAAAGGAGGUUGCAUUCGCCUGGGUGGAAGCCUUGCUGUCACAAUGGUCUUUCGCAGGCCAAGAAUCAUCACACGAUGGCUCUCCUAGUUACUUGGGCUUCAAAUGGGCCGAAGAUCUCAAGCGAAACAUCGUGCAAAUCAUUGUCAACGUUGAUGAAUACAUCUUCGAAUGUAUGCAAGAGCGCAUAAGCCACUUGGACGAACGAAUACUCAAAACCCAACUUCAGUCACAAAGCUACACUUUGUCUGACUUCGAUGCAUCUCAGAUCGAGAUAGUCCAGACUUUGUUCGAGCUCCAUCUUGACAUCUACUCCUUGAUCAAACAUCCCCACAGCCAAGUAGAUGCAGCAACAAAGACUUUGCAGAGCGACCGACUCGAACGAUGGUCUACCCUCGCUCGGGAAGCCAUACAACUUCGAUCCAACUGCGACCAAGACAUUGUCAUGGACGAUCUUUCUCUCCGCCAUAUAUGGGCUUCAGUGUUUCAAAUGAGUGUCAAAGACGACAUCUCGCCGGAACAUGUGCUAUCCGCGAUUGCUGAACUGAAGGCCAUAUUCGUCGCGCUUGACGAUCGCACCAUUCAGGUACAAAACAACGCUGUCAUGCCCGAGCUGUCCGUGGCCGCUCUUGAUCGCGAGUUAGCGCGGAUCAGCAUGAAGGAUUUCUUCUUGAAGGUAUUCGAUCACGAUGAAAAGGAUCCUGUCACGGUCAUCGAAAGUCUAGAACCAAUCCUGGAGCACUACGACGCCGAACAACCGGCAACGGAACUUUCAGCAGAUGAAGAAGCAACGCUGGAGCGGGCAACCACACUAGCGGACUCAAAUCAGGUGGACACUCCAGGCUCACAAUUAGAGGUUGGGCCAGAUCGGCCAUCACCCGUAGUCGAGAUGCGCAAAUUCCUCGACUCGGCCAAUGUCAAUGUGCGCUUAUCACUUUGGCAGAGGCUUCGCGAAGCAUAUGACGCGAUUGAUUACCCUCCAAAAGUGCUCUCAUGUUAUUUGUGGAGUAUUAAGGCAUUCGUUGAUGACUUCGAAACAACCAGUUUCCAAGAGCUGUCACUGGUCGAGCGUCAGAUCAAGCUCUUGACCCGUUUCCGAGUCAUUGACGAGAUGGUGGUCAAGAUCGUGCAGAUCAUGCGUGGUGAAACAACAGCCUUUGACUGCUUGUCCUACGAGCAUGUCCAGUCAUCCAUGGCAGCGAUCGCAAAAUUGCUGCACAUCCUGUCCGCCGCCAACAUGUUCCGAGACUUGAUCCGCAUUGGAAAGAUACCGAUACCCAGAAUCGAAGGCUUGCCUGCUCAAGCGUUCAUCAACAUGUCGACCAGACUUGACGAUAUUCAAAUGCGACUUUGGACGUUACAGUACUACCUGCUCAGAGAAGGACUGUCACAGAACCCUGAAGGCUUUCCCACACCAUCUGAAGAUCUGUUCGAGUUCCUACGACACGUUCACCACGCCACCGGAAUCCGUGGUUUCUGUCACCUGUCUGGACGUCAAUUCCUGAGGUUGGCCAAAGAUGAGAUCCUGCGCUUGGACGACGUUAUCGACGCUAACAGUCGCGAUACUGAACUCUGUCAAGUGCUUCAUGAUCUUUACGGACUCAAGCUGUUCAUUGAGCCUCUUGAGUGCCAGGAUUUCUCUUCGACCCCAGACGUCCUUGACAAGAAGGCUGCGUUUAACCUCCUUCCCUUUGUCAUGUCUCAAGCUGCCAAGGUAGACCUGAAGGACCUACCCAAGACCAAACAAGAGCUUAGAGCUACCAUUGAGAAGGUCCACGCAGCUUUGGGACGGCCUAAGCAGCAUGAUGAUGUCACGUUCAAUCGCAAGGCCAUCACGACCUACUUCAAGUCGCCAAUACAUCCCACAACACUCUUCAACUGCCUCAAGGGCGUCGGUUCGCUCGUCACACGAGCGAUUCCUGAUGAGGAAGCUGUCGCUGCUUCGAAGAGCUGGUUCUUCUUGAUGGGCAACAUUGCACUAAGCAAAUUUCGAUCUCAGAAGCGCAUGACCCAAGGGCCCACUGAAGAUCUGAAUUAUGCGCAGGCUUUCUUCCUACAGGACCUCGAGUACUCCACUGAACGAUGGGAAACAUGGUAUCGCCUUGCACAAGCGUACGAUACACAGCUUGAAGAAGCUGUCUCCUGGAAUGCAGACAAGAUAAACAGUAGCACAAUCGAGCUUGCUAACCUCCAGCGCGGCGCGAUCAAUUGCUAUGCUAUGGGAAUAGCCUGUGCGACUCGCGAAGCAAGUGCUUCGUCUAGAGACCAAGCUCAGAUUGCACAGAUGUACACAGAGUUUGGCGACCGCAUUUAUGCGUCAUCGCGUGAGCCUUUCAACAUGGAGGCAUUCCAUACUCGAGACGGCGAACGACGAUUCGUUAAUGUGCCUGGCCUGUCAGGUGCGCAGCGUGACAUACCUUUUGUCGCUCUGCAGCCCUACACGGCAUGGAAGCUUGCGAGCACUUUGUACAAGCGCGCCAUCAAGAACAACUCGGACAAGUGGUGGAACCACUACAUGCUUGCCAAGAGUCUCUGGAAGAUGUGGACUGCGAACCACAACGCCAUGGUGGCAGCUGCAUCCUCCGGUACGGUCCCACCAGAUUACACUGGGCCGAGCUGGGAAGAGGUCAUCAAGCCCGUCGUAGGUGCUAUUGAGAGGCUGCCCGGCAAGAAAGGCAAGAGCGGUGAGCCGAUACUUGAGCCACACUACAAGCUGAUCUCGAUCGUUCAUAAGCUUGUCCAGCGGCGUGCUAUUGACCACCAAAAAGGCGCGGAGGUACUUUCCAAUACUUACUACUCGAAGAAUAUCGGCCCACCCGAAAAUCCAGAUGAAUGGGAACGCUACAUCCUCACUGUCAUCAAGGCUUUGCGCACAGCAGACAAGUCGAGUUGGCAUCACCGUAUCAUAGCACGAUCGGCUCACAUCCUCUACGAUGACGGGAAAGACCUGGUUCAGGCUCAUGCAGCUAAGCACGAGCUCACGCAGACAAUUUUCACCAAAACCAUGGCCGUUCAGGUAUGGAAACCGGAGUAUGAGCGGCCUGGCCGCCAUUUCGUGUACACAUUACGAUACACAAAGUUCUUCAUCGACUUGCUCGAUAAGACCGGAGACAAGGCCAACCUCGAGGCGCUGGCUAGGCGUGUGCGGCGAAAGCAAACCGAUUUCUUCCAGCACACUGAGCUUUGGAAGGACUUAUGCACCCGCUAUCUCAGGUCUCUGAGACAUCAGGGGAACGUCAAAGAAGGCCAGGAAGACUCUGCUUUCAAGUCGGUCAACCAGGAGGACUUCAACGCCCUUGCUGCACGACUGGAGGCAUGGUGUCAGAGCCCAUCCACACAGCACCCUGUUCUAGACGUGCUCCGCGAUGCUAUCGAGCUAAAGCGUCUCAACAACGGGCUCAUGAAGACAACAACGAUCGAUGACCUUAUUGGGGACAGUUACGCCAUGUUGUACACCACGAUUGGACCCACAUUGCCGCCCUUGCCAUCUGAACAGCAACAACAGCAGCCUCCGCAGCUAGGACAGUCAGGCACUGUAACGCCACAGCCACCCACGAACCCUCUGUCUGUUGCAUCGCUGAUCCAAGUCCAAGUCGAUGGCACGACUGAAGGCCACAAUACGCCGUUUGCAAUAUACCACUCCAGCCAACUCCAUCCACAACACCCACCGCCACUACCUCAAGCGCCGUCACAGCCUGAGCAACCUGCCAAGCCCAGAGCCAAAGCCGUGGGCAAACGCGAGAUCCAGCGCCGAGCCGAAGCGUGCGUGCAGAAAUCGGCUGUUGCCAGUACGCCACAGCAGACUACCUCGAUGCCAAUCCGCUCUCCUCCCGUGUCCAAUGCUACAAUCCCCUCGCUUUUCCAACGUCAAUCGACCGACAAGCCAGAUCAGUCUGCUUCUCUCACACCUGGCGCUGGUCUGGGUGCUUCGCUCCUCGCAACGUCCGCAUCCUUCGACAGCGCACCCGGCACAGCCACCGCAAGCGUCAAUAACGACCACUCCCACGACACCGAUCACGACAUGGACAACGAUCAAGACAACGACGAGAACGAGGGAGACGGCGAAGGCGACACCGAGCAUGCCGCACCACACGACAACGACGACGACGAUGCAGACGAUGAAAGCGAACUUAGCGAGCUAGACGAGAGCGAGGUGCAAGAGAUUGGCCAAGAGGUCCAGGAGCAUGAUCGCCGGAGCGCUAGUUUUGCGACGGUUAAGCCUAUGUUUCCGGGCUUGUUUGCUGGGAGGGCAAGUGCGGAGAGGGUAGAGAGUAGUGUGCCGUUUGGGAUGGCGCCUGCGGCCGGGCAGGCGGUGUUGGCGAGGGGUGAGGAGGUGGGCGAGGGGCCGGGGGAGAAGAUGGAUGUUGAUAGUAAGAAGAAGGGUAGGAAGCAGUGAGAUGGAGCGAGGCAUGGGAGGCCACAGAAGUCUUGAAGAUGAUGUUUGUAUCGCAAUUACGGCGCAAAGGUAUCCAUGUAUGGUCAGUACGGAAGCAGGCGCUGGAAUUUUUCAGAUACCCUUAAUCUCGGGUUUGCGUAAAUUUUUGGCAACAUGAUGUUGUUGCGAAUUACCAACAAUG